AUGCGGGGGGCGGCGUUGUUGACGGCCACCUUGCGCGUUUUGUCGUUGCCGACGCUGCAGAUGCUUUCUUCACAGCAACAAAUAAUCCAGGCGAGCACACAACAAGACCCCGCCCGCGUCGCGCCCUAUCUCACCCAUGCUCUCGCUCACCAUGGCCAGUUGACUCUCAUUCCGCCCCAGAAUGCCGCUCGCAUCCGCAAGACAAAGAAGAAACACCCAGCGACCACCGGAGGGAAGCACGAGCGCAGGGUUGCAGACGAUGAGCCCCGAUUCACCACCGCCGUUCCGCCAGCAUCGUCGCGAAGGCUGCAGUCCGCCGCCACUCCGAGCCGGCCUCGGAAGCAGGCCGCCACUGCUCAGCCCCUCCGACCGCACGAUGCUGUGCUUGAUGUGCUAGAUACGUCUGUACCAGACUACCCGCCUCCGUCUUUCCUCGAGGCCAUAUCUUCCCCCUCUCCCUUCUUCCCCGCCUCCCCCAUCUCCGAUACGACCGUCUCUCUAUCUGAUCCCACUACCGCACCCUCGUCUCCGACCAUAUCUUUGUCUCCCACAAUAGCAUUCCCAUCCCAGGGGUCUCCUGUGAGAUCGCCCGCCGGUGUCCAUGUCUCGCCCGACUCGCCCACCCCUGUGCACAGGACCUCCCCCGCAUCCCGAGACAGCGACUCCAGCCUCGAGAUCGUCUCCAUGGAGCCCUCACAGCUAUGGGACGCUGACCGUACUCUCGGCCUCGACCUCGCUGAGCGCGUUCAGCGCGAGCGCCGCCGGCACGAGGCCGCCAAUACCCUCGCGCCAUCCGUGAGCACCCGCACGCCGCGUCCGUCUAUGCCCUACUCAUCUAACCCCGCGACGCCCACUACCCGUGCACGCACCUGCUCUCACUGUGGCUCCGUGCGGCCCACGGACAGCGAGGCCCCAAGUCAUCACGACAGCGACGACGAAGGAGACAACCCAUCCGUCCCCGGCAGCCCCUACAGCGUCCUCUCGCACUCCCAGUCUCGCCACCUCCAUGACUUCAUUGACACGGCGUCGGCACCAACCUCCCCGUCCUCUGCAAGUCCGACGCGCACGGCAUUCACCAACAUGUCCAGCCCAUGGGCGAGUAACGUCACGCUCUCCUUCUUUGGACAUGGGCACAAGUCCAGCCAGGGAUCGUCCCCGCCGACACCGUCCUUGAAGCGGAAGGAGAGCUUUGGUGUGCGUAAGCUGUUUGCGCUGAAAGGUAAGGAGCGCGAGGCGCAGGAUCACCCGAUCGACGAGCUCGACUCGUGGGAGGUAGUGGAAUCCGUCGCGGAGAACAAAGCGACCUCGGACAGAGGUACGCCGCGUGGGCGCGCCAGUCCGUCGCCCGCACAGAAGGCACGCCCAUCCCCCCCGCCCCCGCUCGCCUUUGUGAGUCGCCAACUACGCCGAGGGCAGCCACAAGUCUCCCCCUACGUCAUAUCGCAGGACGCACCGGUCCAUCUCCCGCCCGAGAAGCUGCCACCUCCCGUCUCCCAAGCGCCAUCAACCCAAGCGCCAUUAAGUGGGCAGCCCAAGAAGCAUCGCAGACCACCCCCGCCCCCACCCCCUCGCCAGGCGAACGAUAUUACUCGGGCGCCGAUUGCAUUGAGCGAGAAGGUCCGCGCAGCAUAUCCACGCGAGAAGCAGUCAUUCACGCCACAGAAGAAAGACUCGCGCAUCGCGCCAGCAGCCAUUCCUGCCGCUGUCCAGGACGCUUGUCCCCCGCCUCCGUCGCCCGCUGUUGGCGCGCCAGCGGCACCGACUCUCCCAGCUCUCGCGAUCCCAGCGAACAGCUGUAGCCAGGCCAUCGUUCCCGGCGCCACGCGCACUGACACAGUGCAGGUCUCUCCCCCAGUCUCUUCUGUAUCACAACACCUGCACACAGCGCCUCUUGACAGCCUACGGAACCACGAUGCGCACGGUCUCUGCCGCCCACGCAGUUCGCUUUCUCGCGACGUCAUAUCCGCGCCAUCGCAAAUCGAAUGCGUCCCGUCGGUUCCGUCCACCCCCACGACCCCCACCUCCGCCUCCGGCCAUCACUAUCCCGGGCGUCCUCUGCCGCGUCCGCCGCACUCACCUGUCGUACCCGUCGCGUCGGAGGUUUCACGGGUCCCAGAGAAGUACACUCCCAACCCUUCCGCCCCACCCGCGGCCACUUCGACACCGCCAUAUGCGCCCGCGGUAGUUUCCCAUCCACCCUCUUCAGACCUCGGCCGACGCGAGGACGACGCGUUGGAUCAAGAGCAUGUUCCAGGCGCGUUCGAGAUCGCGGCUCCUAAACCCCCGCCACCGGCUCCCGUGAGCGACCCCCCGCUCAUCGGCGUCGUCGAGAUCGAGCGCAGGCGCGUGCUCAAAGAUGGUCGCACAAAACUGAAGAUAUCCUUGCUUGGCGUCGUUGUCGAAAAGUGCGGUAUAUGUCUGUCACAAUUCAAGGAGGGUGAGACGGCGGCCUUGGGUCCGGACUGCCAGCACUCCAAGCAGGAAAUGCCGACAUCCGCAUUGAACAAGACCGUGCAGCUGGACUGGGACUUUAUUGCGGGCGGUGUCUCCCCAUAUAUCCUUCGCUGCAUGCGCGUGCACGUGUGCGAGAGAGGACCACACGGGGCCGGACGUGUUCAGGGACCGCGGCGCGCCCAAGAUCGACAUCCCGAGGCGGAGCGUAACAAGAUCGGCCAGGUCGUCUCGCAGUCGGUGCAGUUUGCGCCGUUCAACAGUGACUAUGCGUUCGAUGCCCAGGGCGACGCGUGA